AUGUAAAAGGAAAGUGAAGAGAAGAUAAUCAAGUAGUUAUUUAAGGAGGUAUAUCCUUAGCCGAUUCGCAUUAGAUACUGAACUAUUAUAAGAAGUUGAUGGAGAAUACAAGUGAUAGUGCAGAGUUACCAUGCCAAGACAAUAUGGUUGAGGAUGUUUAGGUUUGUUUCCGAAUAAUGUGCCAAAUUGUAGAUUCGUUUCUCUAAGGGUAUCAUGAUUUGAAGAACCAAUAUAAAUUACUUGAAGAUCAAUUAAUUCAAAAAGAGACUGAGGCAAGAAAGCAUAUUUAGAUUUAAUAACAAUUAAAAAUAUAUGCAGAAGACUUAUAAGACACAUGUGAAGAAAUGCAAAAACAAUUAGAGAAAUCUAAUUCAUAAAUAAUAGUAUUGAAAUGAUUAAUAUUAUGGAAGCAAUUAUCAAAAGAGAUUGUUAGAAUGAAAAAAUAAAUUAAGAUUUCUAGUUAAGAGAGAUUAAUGACUGAUACUACAUAAGAUAGAUUAUCAACAAUAAUAUCAUAACAGAAAUAAUAAGUGUAACCUAAAACAAUGAUUAAAUUGCCAAAAAAGAAGACAUCUUAAAAUCUGUAUUUAAUUGAAAUUAAAUUGUAGAAAAAAUUCGAUAUCAGUCUUAGGAUAGACUAUAACAAUAGAUAGAAUGUAGGAAUUAGUAAGUUUGUAUGGAAAGAAGAAACCUAAGAGUGCAAUAAAGACUAGAUCUAAUACAAUACAUAUUACUGAUUAGAUGACUAAACCUAUUAAAUAAAAGAGAAUGUAAUCAAUCCAUGAUGUUUGA